GGGAUGGGAUGGGAUGGAAUGGGAUGGAAUGGGAGCAGAGGGGAUGGGAGCAGAGGGGAUGGGAUAGGAUGGGAGACAAGAUACGAGGGAAUGGUGUACGGGAGGGGAAGGGCUGAGGGAAGAUGGGGUUUUGUGAGGUAUGAAGGAUAGGGUUUGGUGAGGAGUGGAUAGGUGGUUGGGGGAUGUGGUGGAGAAUCAGAUGGUAUUACCUGGGAAACAGGGUGGGAUGGGAGACAGAACAGAUGGGAUGGAAAGGAAUAGGAGAAUAUAAGAGAAGAUGGGCUGGGAUGGAGGAUGAUACAGGAUAGGCAGGAAUGAGAUGUGACUGAGGAUAGAAGGGGAUGUGAUGAAGGAUGGAAUGGGAUAAGGGUUGCAUGGGCGUCAUCACUGCUGCCCACUCCUUGACACACUGCCCAGCCAUAACCUGGAGAUGAAACACCUGCCUGGUGCCGACCCUGAGCUUGUGCUCCUUGGCCACCGGUAUGAGGAGCUACAGAGAGUUCCCCUGAGCGACAUGACCCGGGAAGAGAUCAACCAGCUGGUGCAGGAGUUGGGCUUCUACCGCAAGGAGACGCCUGAUGCCCCUGUGCCAGAGGAAUUCCAGUUUGCCCCUGCCAAGCCUCUGCCAAUACUGCUGCACCCCCAAGUGCCCACCACUGAUGGCAAGACCCCACCCAAACAUGACAAGGAAGAACACCCAGACCUCUAGCAAGGAAUGCCACACUUGGGAUAGGUCCUGCAGCCAGUCCCCAGUGUAGGGAAUGAGGGCGUUGUGGCAGCUGGGGAUGGUGUCACAGGGUGUCAAAGGUUUUUUCCCCUGCACUCUUGCUUGGUGCUGCGUAGCCUCUGCCCAAGGAUGCCCUAGGCAGAGCCAGCCUCAAGCAGGAGCUUCCUGGGCACUUGUGGGCAUUCUGAGAGUCCUGUGUGCUGGUUGAUGCCCACCUGUCCUUGGAGCCCAUUAUCCCUGGCCAGCUGGGAGGAACAGCAUUCCUUGCAGUCCCUUGCUGUGUCUAAAGGUUUAGCUGCUCCGAGCACUAGGCAGCAAUAUCCUGCCUGCAUGGGACAGGAUGAAACCCUCAGCAGAAAGCGCCAGGUGCUAAGGGUAGAUGUGCUGAGUCCCAGUAGUGGGAGAGCUGCCCCAAGAAGGGGCUUUAUCCCCCAGCAGGGUUAUGUCAUAUCCAUCUCCCAGUAAAGCUUUUAUUUGCAGUCAUCUGCAUUGUGUAAUCUUUUCAGAGAGAGCUCUGUGGUGUGCAUCCCACACUGCUCUGUUCCAAGGACAGCUGGGUGCCCCAGAGCUUCUCACAGAGACAGGAGAGGAUGGCACAGUCAGUCACUACUGGUGAGCCACAAACCAACCUACAGACCAACUGUGCUGUUCCUGUGCCACCGCUCCCCAGCAUGAUAGAGGGGUGAGGUGGUGGGCACCAUGGCAUUGGGAUGAGCUGCUCUCUCACAGGAUGCAGGGGGAUGGGCAUGAGCCCAUGAGCAAGUCCUGCAGUGUUGAACCAAAACCCCAUGGCUGUACUGGCCCAGUGGUGACAUCUGGCCCUCAGCUACAGAAGGAAGUGGAGCACAGCUGCACUUGACCACAGCCUUGCUGGCCAUGUGGGAUCUUUUCCCUGUGCCAGGCCUGGGGGCAGUGGGGGAAAGUGAACCCUGGUCAGGGUGGCUCAGCUGUGGCCAUCACCAACGAGGCAAGGAGCAGUACGUGCCCCAGUGUCUCUCCAGGCUGGGUAAGCAGUUGAGUUGCAGGUAGAGGGGCCAGCAGCAGCUGGACUGCCAGCAUUCUCCAAGCACUGUGGUGUGCAGUAUGCCACUGGCAGAAGGACCUGAGCCAGAGGCACUGCCCUAGGUAAACCUUUAUUAUCUGGCUGGUGUUGGUACACGUGUCAGCGCGGGUGUAGAGAUGUGACACAGGGACGAGCAGCGCUGAGCACGCAGGUGCCCUGAGCUGGAGAGAAGAGUGGGGGCAGUUGUCCCAGCUUGCUCUCUUUGCCUUGCACUCCCCUGGGACCCCUUGCCACUGCCCCCUCCCCAGCCCACAGGUGCUCCCAAUGUGGAAGUGCCCCAGGUGCACGUGGAAGUGGGAAGCAGGGUGUUGGCAUGGUUGUGGAGUUGUCCCCAGGGAGGUGACACCAAGUAAGGCCUGCAGUGGGCAGAGAGGCUGCCUUGCAGAGGGCCAAGGGAACCACUGACGGAUGUUGCCUGCUGGAUGUACCAUGACCCUGGCGGGGCUGUACAGCUCUACCCAGGCCAUCCCAGGGACACAAAGAUGGUGCCUGCAGGGCAGAUAAUUCCUGGAGAACAAAUAACUUAAAAGGCUGGAGCAUGGGGGGCAAGCCAAGGUGGGA